CAGUCAGAAGGAGCUCAGUGAUGUCUGCCAUUGUGUAGCUGUGUGUUAGUGUGUGUGUGUGUGUUAAUGUGUGUGUGUAGCUGUGUGUAGCUGUGUUACUGUGAGGCGUGGUCCCGUCAUGUGAUCCGGUGAUUUAUCAGCUGAACUCUUCUUUCCUCCACUUCAGGAUCUUCUUCUGCUGCAGUCGCGUCAUGGAGCGUAAACUGGAUCUUUCCCGUCUGACGGAUGAAGAAGCGAAACACGUGUGGGAGGUGAUUCAGAGAGAUUUUAACCUCCGCAAGAAGGAAGAGGAGAGGCUGGGCGAGCUGAAGACGAAGAUCGAGAAGGAGGACACGAAGCGUGAGCUGCUGGGUUCUCAGAGCCAUGUGUCCGACUCGCUGUGCAUCCGCUGCCUGCAGCCCUUCAAGUUCCUGGUCAACAGCAAGCGCCAGUGUCUGGACUGUCGCAUGUUCACCUGCAAGUCCUGCAGCCGCUACAACAAAAAGGAGCACGGCUGGGUGUGUGACAACUGUCGCAUGACCAGGGUACUGAAGAUCGGGACUCUGGGUUGGUACCAUGACAACGUGAGGAACCGCUUCAAGCGCUUUGGUAGCGCCAAGGUGAUGAGGUCACUGUACCAGCGGCUGAACGGAGACGGUGGUCGUGAUGACGACACUCAGAGCAUGCCGGACGUCCGCAGCCACAUGUACAAUGGUAAUGAGGAUGACCAUGGGGAGGUCGAUGCUCAGCGCUACAAAGUGAUGAGGAAGAGUAAACGCCUGCUGUCCGUCCAUCCCAUGGACUUUGACAACGAGGAAUAUCUGCCUCAUUCCCGCCGACCAUCUGUACAGCAGAUGCAGGACGACCGGUGCUUCAGGAACGAUGUGGACUACGACUACUACAACCACCGGAUGAACCGCAGGAAGAGUCUGGACCGGUACGCCAUGAGACCCGAGGACUAUGGGGACAGCCGGAUGGUCCGGACCCGCUCUUUGUCUAAGAUCAGCUCUUCGGUUGCCCGGCAACAGUACGUUGACACGUCUGAUGAGGAGGAGUACCAGCGCUGCCCCCCCAUGUACCAGCAGCCGCCUCACCGCCGCAGAAAUAGCCGGGCGUCCUCCCAGGAGAACCUCGGCCAAGCCCCACCUAUCAACGAGCUGAACAAGAGGAUGUCGGCCAUCGAGAGCUUGCUGAGCCGCCUGGAGGAGAAGAUCACGCCCGGAGACGAGGCCUCCGGUCCAGCGGCUCACAGCGAGGAGGAGAAGCUGAGGAGGAAGCUGAGCGAGCUGGCCGGGAACCUGAGCGACAAGGGGCCGUCUUCGGAUGACGAGGCUGCCAGGAAGCCCUCCUCCCUGGGGAGGAACCCGACUGGAGCCAGGCUCGGAUCGGCGCUCGCUCUGGACUCCCUGAAGGACAAAGACCUGAGUUCCUCCAGCGACGAGAUGCCUACUGAAGCUCAGAAGAGAUCGACCGCUGCCGCCCUCUGUGACCUCACCACUGAGGUCCUGAGAACCAUUAAUGCCACAGAAAACGCAAUGGUCGAGUACGGCCUCGCAGAGCCGACCGACAGAACCCAGUUAGCCGGUUCUGAUGUAAAGCAGGCCGAUGACGCGUUCAGGGAACUUGAGGAAAAUGUGUACAUCACGGCCGGUCAGUCCUACGAGCUGGAGGCCAAGCUGCGGCGCCUUGAACACAGCGCCAAGAACCGCUUCGGAGGAACCACGGACUCGGAGCUGUCCGAGCUGGAGGACGUGGUGGCGCUGACCGCCGCCAGGGUCCAGGGCGCCGAGAGCGAGGUUUCCGACAUCGAGACUAAAAUCGCUGCUCUGAGUGCCGUUGGAUCCAAGAAGAAGGUUUCUGGAUCCCAUCAGAGGAAAAAGUCAACACAAGAUUUCAAAGCUAAUGGAGCUCAGUGGAAGUCCAACAACAUGUUCUGAAGCUUAAGUCUCUUCCUCGUCGCUCCAGAAGCUCCAGAAGCUCCAGAAGCUCCAGAAGCUCCACAUCCUUCAGAUCACUGCUGUUAGUUAGAAUCCAGAGAAACUCCUAAAAUGUUUGAGCUGAGAUCAGAAAGUUCUGAGACAGUUUUAAAGAGACGGUGCUCCUCAAAGGUUCAACUGGACCUUCAGUGUGAGGACGAAAACAGGAAGAGAAAUCUAGAGAGGAACUGUGGAGAACAUUCCUUCAGACAGACAAAAUCCAAGACUCUCUUUGUGGUGGUUUUGUGUCUCUUUGUGGUCGUUUUUUUUCUGUUUGUGGUCAUUUUGUCUCUUUGUUGCUGUUUUGUGUCUUUUUUUUUGCUGUUUUGCAUUUCUUUGUGAUUGUUUUGUGUUUCUUUGUUCUUGUUUUUUGUUUCUUUGUUGUUGUUUUCCUUGUCUUUGUUGUUGUUUUGCAUUUCUUUGUUCUUUUUUUGUGUUUCUUUGUUGUUGUUUUUUGUCUAGAAAUGGAUCCAGAUUCUCAGAACUUUUCUCGCAGCUCAAACAUCCGAUUUGUUUCAUAAAUAAAAGCUGCUUUUUCUGUUUUUCUUCUCAUCCACCAAUUUCCUGUCAAGACGUUUUCAUGGAAAUAACAUUUAGUCCACAGAAAACUAGAAACUGAACGAGAACGUUUGAUGCAGAAAUGGAAAAAAAUGUAAAUGAAAAUAAAAUUAAAAAAAUUAAAAAAAACAUUUGAAAGAAAUGAAAAAUGAACCUUAAAAUAAAUUCUACUGAAAUUAAAGGAUGUUAAAUGUUUAGAAAUGCAGAAAAUGAGAAAUAAAAUAAAAUAAACAUUUUAGGGGAAACAUUAAAAAAACAAUCGAGAAAAUAAACAAAGACAUAAUGAAAAUAAAUCUUUUAUUGAUUUCUGCUGUUUAUUAUUAAAGUUUGAUUUCCAAUCAGUAAAGUUGAUCUGUUGUGUUUUGAUUGAUCUGAUUGUUUUCUUUCACUUAUUGAUUAUCAAUGGAUCAGUUCUGAUAAUGUUUUUUUGUGUUUGGCUUCUGAUUAAUAAACUAUCCAAUCACCUCUGGCCUGAUCACUUA